UGAGUGCACAAGUGCGUUCACAGAGGUGAGGCAAAAUGCAGCAUCCGGAUGGGGACUCACCAACACCCACAACCACCUUCAAUUGUUGCGGACUUGCUACAUGGAAAACCGAAUGGACUUUAUCGACUAGAUGCAACGGACACUAAAGAAGAGAAGAGGAAGGAAGUAGAUAUUUGUUACCGUCGUCAUUUUUUUUAAACGCGCAACGAAAAUUCGUAAAUCGCUUUGGGACAGCAUUAAACAAUCGCGCGCCGCUCCAAGCUUUUUGUCCCUAAGCGACUUCCGUCGAGCUGGUGAAAACAACAUGGUGCUGGAGAAGAAGACCUCCGCUCGGGUGGAGGCGGGCCAACGGAGAGUUUUGGAUGAAGCCACCCGCCAGAGAAGGCUGAGCAGGCAGCUCGACGCUUUAGAGAAAGACAACUUCCAGGACGACCCGCUGAGCUCCCUUCCACCGCCAGGUCCAACAGCCCGCCUCCCCGCCUUUAGUGAAACAGAAGAGCCAGAGAAGAAAAAGAGGAAGACGCGGGGCGACCACUUCAAAUUGCGUUUCAGGAAAAACUUCACAGCGCUCCUGGAGGAAGAGAACCUGUCGGAGAAGCUGGAGCCAAAUUACCUCUCUGCGCUGGUCCCCCCCUCCUCGCUUCCUCCGAGACACUUUUGCUGUGUGUGCGGAUUCCCAUCCAACUACACUUGCACUACCUGUGGGGGGCGCUACUGCUCCAGCAAGUGCCUGAGUACCCACAGAGAGACCAGGUGUUUGAAGUGGACGCUGUGACGGAGGCGGUGGUUGUUGUCACGGAAACUGCCAGAUGGACACUUCACGUGGGAGGAAUGUGGUGUGGACACUGUCAGCCAUGUGUACUGCGUUGUCUACAUUUGUGUAGGAUUCUGGGGAAAUGUGACUUGAUGACACUUUGUAAAGCCCUGUAAUAUAAAAAGCAAUAAUUAUAGGAUUUAAUUAUCACAAUCUGUGCGUUUUUAUUAAUUGAAUCGUAUUCGUCAACUCUAUCAAUACAUUAAAUAAAAUACUGUUUAGUAUUUUGGAGAAUUAUACCUCUUAAGAUGUGUAAUUUCUUCCAAGUCUGUCAAGUAGCCAAUGUGCCUCCUCAAGCGGUACAAGUUAAGCUAGUGUUUUUUAACAAUUACUUUCCCCUAUCUCGAAAAACUAAACUCUGGGAGAGUUUUUGAUAUUAUAUCAUCUGCGAUGAAUUGUACUGGACUACAGGAUGUCCUCAGUUUAUGACUUUUGUGUUUAUGAUGGACUCCUUUUACUUAAUUAAAAGCUGAUUUUCAAACUGA